AUGUCCCUUGCACAGAAGCAGAGGGCUGAUCCUUCUAUUGAUGUUGAUUUCGAUGCGGGCCAAUCACAAACUAGGACUGAUUAUACAACGCCUUCGCCGAGCAGUUCUGAUCGCGAUGCUGUGUCGACUCCGGUUGAUACGGGGACGUUGGUUGUUGAGGAUGAGGGAACUAGCUAUAUUGACAGCGCAAACUGGCGCGCGAUCCUGGAAGAGAUCAAUGGUAUGAAAGAAGAUCUACACCAGACCGAAGAAAGAUCCGACGAUGGUGUCGAUACUGAUCCAUACGAUGAUUCAUCUCCGGUUCUCCUUCUUGGGACGAGUCGUCCGGUGAACAAAGAAGAGGUGCUUGUGGAUAUUCCACCACGCUCAAUAGCCGAUCGACUAGUCUCUCGCUUCCUUAAGACGUCUGAACCGUCACGAGUUGCCAUUCAUGCCCCUACGUUCCAGAAAGAGUAUGAAGAGUUCUGGAUCCACCCAGCCGAUAAAUCAUUUACCUGGAUUUCUCUCUUAUACUCAAUCAUGGCACUAUCAGUUUCUAUAUUCCGUCGAAGUGCAGAGCCAUUGCCUUCCAACAUGACCGGCCCUAUCACUUCAUGGGGCUCAUUCCGGAAAAGGGCCGCACAGUGUCUCAUUCAAGCAAACUAUAUCACUCCAGGGCGAUACAAAGGAGAAGCACUAUUCUUUUACUCGUUGACCGAGUUUUACCGAAACCGAGAUGCGCAGGUCGGGGUAUCCUAUCUACUUGGAAUGACUAUUCGCGUGACUAUGCGUAUGGGUUACCAUCGUGAUCCGUGUCAUUACCCAAUGCUGUCGGCCCUAGAUGGGGAAAUGCGGCGACGUCUCUGGGCCUUGCUUGUUCAGCUCGACACGUUGGUCUCAUUUCAAGUCGGCGCUCCUCGGACAAUUCAGCAUUGGCAAUAUGAUACAAAGCCACCAUCCAACUUGUUGGACACAGAUUUCGACGAGAAUUCCAGUCAAUUGCCGCCCGAUAGGCCAGAGAAUGAACUGACGGAUUGUUCAUACACGAGAGCCAAAAGUCAUCUCAUCAAAGUCUUCGGGAAAAUAACAGACCUAGCAUUUUCUAGAGAGCCCUCAUCCUAUGAUGAGACCUUGGAGAUUGACCGUCGUUUGGAAGCUGCACAUGAUAUGAUACCUUCCAUUUUGCGCAUUCGACCAAUGACACAGUCUAUCGCAGACCCAGCAGAACUGAUCAUGCGACGUUUCACCUUAGAGCUUCUGUAUCUGAAAGCACGUCUUGUUCUCCAUCGUCGGUAUAUCGCGGAAACUAAUACCAAGUUUUCCUACUCGCGAUCAGUCUGCUUGGCCGCAGCUCGAAAAGCGCUUCAACACCAUACAGAGAUUUGCAACGAAUGCAUGCCUGGUGGCCAAUUACACGCUGAGCGAUAUUUCCUUAACUCCCUUCAAAAUACCGACUCUUUACUCUCGGCAAUGAUCGUUUGCCUCGAACUAUCCCAGGAUGCAGAUCGUGGCGAUGCUGCACGCCUUACACCCCAAGAACGUGCAGACUUCUUACAUCUUUUGGAGACCACAUAUCGCCUCUUCAUGGAGCCUACCCAUCGGACUAUAGAUUCACAGCGAGCAGCGAACGCUCUGGGUAUUAUGCUUAGACGGGUCAAAGGUGGCGACAUUCAAACUGGGCAGUCAUCAACAUCCAUGAAUAAUGGCAACCUACAGCACUUGAAUCUUCAAUCAGCCCUGGGACAGCAACUAUUCUUCGUGCAAACACCCGAUAUUGACGAGGUGCUCUCCGCAAUGCCCAAUCCGGACCGGACGCAGUCGUACAACUCCCUAGAGGUCAUCGAGGAUAUGCUUGCUGUACCCGCUCAGCUUGACUGGCACUUAUACGACAGCCGCAUCUCGGGUGUCGAGAGUACUUCCAAUAACAAUGCCUGGUAUUCCGACGGUCCAGCGGAUCCGAUGUACGAUUUCGCUGCGUAUCAAUCUGGAGUAUCGCCAAUGGAUGAUCAAAUCCACUAG